CCAGGUGGCGAGAACUGACGCACCACAAUACUCGCUCCAGGUUUUCCAGACAGACGCCCCGCGCCAUCCGCGACCCAGAGACCCACGUCCACCUCAGUCAGUCGCUGGGCCACCUUCCAGACGGACCCCUCCCCCCUCGUCCAGAGUUGCUCGAGUUCCUGGACGGUUUUUCAAGAAUUCUCUCGCGUAUUGAUCGACGUUCUUCAAGAGGUUCCUGCAGGGUUGUAUCUUUGAGGUCCUUCCAGUUUUCGGAUUGGCUGAAGUUCUCACGUGAUCUUGAAUUCGUGAAGGAGGAGCUCUACAAGACCCUCGUGUGUUGUACUGUGUGCGAGGACUUGUUGUGUUGGAGUCUACAGUGAGGCACACAGGAGUCUGCAAGAGGAAAAAAAUAUACAUAUCCUACGGGACUGCGAAAGCCUCCUACGGGAGACGUUAUUCCUAGAGUGUUGGUGUCGUAGGAUGCACUGACAUCCUUCACUAUGUCAAGAAAGAUAAUGCUGAGUCUUCUCCUGGUCUCCCUGGGGAACCCAACAACAGGAAGUGCCCAUGUCGUUGAGUAUCCCAAACUUAACACCUUUACCGUUGGCGGAGACUAUACUGAUCCGUUCAGCUUGGUGGUGACAGCGUCGGCCCAGCUGUCGCCUGUCUACACCCCUGACGGAGAAGGUGGGGAUGUAGCCUCACCACCUUCAGUAGUGGAGGUAACGCCCGUGGUGGUCGACCAGCCCCCGCCCACACCAAGACCCGCGCCCUCACCAUCCUCAAAUUUCGUCACCAAGACCGUGUAUGGCUUCCUGGACUUCACGACCGUCGUUGGCAACACUGUCAUGAUCUUCACCCCUCAGAGCCAGAGUGGUAAGCCCAGUGCUACCGAGACCCGGGUGCCGUCUCCAGCUUCGCGUUCGUCUCAUCACGCCCGCCCAUCGUCUCGUUUCACGCCCUCACCCACACCCACACUGGCCAGAGUGACGGCCACACCCGCACCCUCCACGCUACCCCCAAGGGCCUCCAUCCUCCCCUCCUCCACCCUUGAAUCGUCCUUCUUCGAGCCUCACACACCGCUGGCCAUCGAGGAACUCUUCUCCAGGUCACCCCAGGAGGAGAUAUUUGAGGAAGAAUUACCAGAAGAAAAAGUAGAGGUCGUAGCCAAGCCGACCCGUUCUACACCGCCUUUCCGCCGCCCCUUUAAGCCCUCUGCCGAAACCACUGGCAACCGUCGACGCCUUGACCUCAACUACUUCGCCAACCGGAAGAAGCCGGCGUCAGAUAGAAGGUUUCCGGGGGGCUCCACGAUAGUGCCGAUCACUGUUGAAGGAACUGGUAAGUUGACGCAGAAAACCAAGGUCACUCAAGAACCGCUGAGGUCCCCAGUGUUCAUCACUACACCCUCAGAAGUCGUCGUGAGUGCCACACAAGGCUUCGCCUCACUGAGCGUCAUAGGCCCCUUCAGUACUGCUGUCAACAACGAGCUGGGGCAGGUCAGCGAACACUACGACUUUCUCUCCUCGUCUCCCACUCUGAACGUACAAGAGGAGUUCGAUGUUUUCGAGGUUGAACCGACAGCUAAAAAAGAACUUUACAGCGCCAGCUUAUUGAACACUGACAACACCAAAACCGAGUUCCCCACUGGUCUCGUCACCAAGCUAGGAGGGACCAUUGUUUCGGACGGACUCACUACCGUGCACGAGACCAGUGUCAUUGGGACCUACAUCAAAGGACAGUACGCACAAGUCCUCAUGAGCACCUCCCACAUCUUCCAGGUGUCACUUGCACAGGAGGAAAACCUUAACAGCCCCUCCUUGUCCCCUGAUUACGAAACCAUCAAGUCUGUCAUCAAGGGUUCAGCUACACAGUUUAUCACGCCAGAGACCACCUCUGCCCUCCCGCUUGAGUCUCUCUUCUCAGUACCAGUGAGCAGAAACCGCGACAGUCGCAGAAACGAGGAGGAGUCACUCAUACAGGCACGUCUCAGGUCUGCUCUGUCCAAACGUCGAGGUUCCCAACAAAACUCUGGUCCUCGCUCUCGCCCCAUGCAAGAUCCGUACGCUGAUGAGGAGGAGGAUCAUGACUUGCAGAGGGCAGGUUCUAACCUACGUCCAUCCUUCAGGUUUCAGCAAACAGCAUCUUUGAGGAGGACACCAGAGGUCAGCACAUUUUACGCUCAAUCGCAGAACCCGACAACUGUCAUACCACGCUAUAAGUCAUCCGCAACUCGGCGCUUCAGUGGUGGUCGACAAACUACUCUGCGUCCUACUCCUCCCGGCUCCAAGCGCACGGGAAGACCCUCAAACCGCUGGCGCCUCGGAACAUCACCCAGACCCAAAGUUAACAUCAACAGACGCCCCAUCGGCCCCGCUGAUAACUAUAACAAACAACAGACUGCUGAAGAGAGUGUCAUCGACUCCUACUAUCGACCAACUCCCGAAGCUCCCAUACUACAGGAUACCCAGGAGGAGACUAUUCGGGUGGUGACCAGCACGCCCGCCGAUGGCCCUACUGACGUCUGGCUCGAGGUGAAGACCAUCCGCUCUCUGCACACCUUCCGAGUCGGUACCACCAAGAACACCCGCUACGUCACCUUCACUAAGACCCUUACUCACAGCAUCGAUGUCACACCCGACCCCACCCUCACCCAGGACGAGCUCUACGAGACGCCUCUGUUCGAGAACAUCCUGAACGCUGGCCCACGCGAUGUGUCUACGCUUCCACCUGUCGACCUCGGUUCGAAUGACAUCUCCGUGGUGCUGGAGACGGUGACGGAGACCUUCAGCACAACGGACAUGGUGAAGAAGACGUCGGUGCUGCCAGUACUGCAGGCCGGAGAAACCUUUUUCCACACACUCACACAGACUUACCACAUCACCCGGGUCGUCACCGCUCUCAAGACUAUGCCACCUUACGAAGCGUUCUCUUUCAUCCCCGAGAACUCCUUGAACGAAUUCAAUGGUCAGCUGUUGGCUGAGGGCACCGAGAACGAGGAGGCUCUGCUCCCAGGAGAAGUGGAGUACGACGAGAACGGAGAGAUCGUGGCCACGACAAGUGAGACCCGUGUUCGACCACCUCCUGGUUUCCCCAUCCAGGACCCCGACCUUGCCGAACUGGCGGGGGGAGAGUUUAACCCAGAUGUUUUUGAAAAGCAAUUACAUCCUCAGCUGGCUGCUGCCCUCGAACAGCGCCAGCAGCAACAGCAGCAGCAGCAAAAACAACAGCAACAACAACAGCAACAGAGUGGUGGAACACCUCAGUUGACCCCAGGACAGCUGCUGGCACCAGCUGAACCAGCAGUAGCCACCCCACAACUGACACCGGAGCAGCUGCAGCAACUGGCUUACCUUCGUCUGAUGAACCCCUACGGCUUUGGCGGGUUUCCUCCUGUCCAGCCGCAGACCACCGUGACCUCCUCCCCCGUGACUAUCACCACCGACCUCACCACCACCUCCACCAGGGUCUUCCGCGUCAUCUUCAACGCACGGCCCAUCAUGACCACCAUCAGCAGCGUGGAGGUCGUCCACACCACCCUCACCACCUACUCCACCGCCACCAUCACCGUCACUCCAACCCUCUCCCCUUUCUCCUUCCCCUUCCCUCCUUCUCCCUUUCCCGUUGGUUAAGUUUUCCCUCCCCCUAGGAGCAUCGUCGCCCCCCCCCACUAAUCUUAGGACCUACCGUGCUGGGGUGUUAAGUGAUGGUCAUUCAUGGCGGCUCUCCCUCCUGCCGGGUGCUGGCCACUCUGCAGCUAACCUCUACUAACACCCUCCAACCACAACCACAAACCCUCCACCACAACCUCCUGCACCACACACACCCUCCACCACAACUACACACUAGCUACUCUUUCACCACAACACUACCACAUACUCACUUUCACCCAAUCACCCCACACCAACCAAACACACUCAUCACAACACACUCACUCAUCAUUUACGCACCAUAACACAUUUACCUUCUCAUUCAAUCCACACACACACACACACACACACACAGGAUACAAUUUAUACUAUCAUAAUUAUACAGUCUUUGAUGUGACUCUUUCAAUGGUGUAGUAGCUCUUGAGAGACACAGGGAGAGACAGCCAUCAGUGUGAGAGAUCUGUUUUGUCUUCCUGGGUGAACACAACGACGUGAGAGAGACAACAAGAGAUAGUCACGUGUUUGUGUCUCUACAGUUAUUUUAUUUUAGGCUUUAAUUGAGAUGUCAGUGAGAGACUUUUAUCAGGAGAGAGAUUGUGAAAGUAGAAAAGGAAGAAUACAUUAUGGCCGAGAGACUAAGAGACUAAGAAAGAGAUAAUUGAUCAGAAAGAAAACAGAGAAAGAAGAAGAAAGAAAUAGUAGAAGUCAUAAGAGAACAUCACUCUGUCUUCCCCAACCAGGAAUUAAGAAAGAAGUUAUUUAUCAUUAUAAGAAAGUAAACACAUUGUAAUUACUGUACUACGAUUGUAAUUAUCCCAGUAAGAAACAAUACAUUAAGGUAAUUAUUUAUGUAUGCUAAGUUGAUAAAUCAUAUGUACAUACCACCCCACCAGUAGACGAUUUGGUCGGCUCUCUCUUAAACGUACUAUUAUAUUUGGGAUCCCUUAAGAAAAACAAUGACAAAAAUGGCUGCAGAAGUAAUACUAAGAAGAGAUUACUUUUUAUAAUUUUUCGCUACACUAUUUAUAUUUUUUAUGUAGCUAUUUUACCAGGGUAUAAGAUAUGCUGUAUAAGGAAUAUUAUAUAUAAGUAAAGGCUUAAAAACUACCAAAUCAAUCGAUAUUUCCCUAAUUGUUUUAUUUUUAGUAGAAACAAAUCAACCAACUCUCAGAUGCCUUGAUUAACCCAGUCAUAUAAUGUAAUAGCAUAAGUUUCAGUCUACGAUACAGCAUGUUUUAAUCAAAGACACACGCUAGGUAAAAUAUGGUUUAGUCUCGAACGUUAUUAUAAAACAGUGAAAUAAAUACUUAUAGGUCUCACUCAUCACUUCAGUUGCCAGAUGUGUUUUUAUUUUUCGGUUAUGUGAUUGGUCCAACUCUUUAUUUAUCCAGACCAAUAGCAAAGGGGAGAUUUGUAUGCAAGUGUGCAGUGUUGGAGAAGAAGUACCGCGAAUAGGACGUGGUAAGCUUGCUCUUUAUAAACUGACCUAACCUGACCUGACCUAACCUGACUUAACUGAAGGUAGCUAUGGUUAGGUUAAGUUACCUUAGCCUCGUGUUUUGCAGUACUCAAUCUAAUAUAAUUAAACCUAACCUAACCAUACCUAGAUUUAUUUAGGUUUAGGUUAGGUGAGGUUUAUAUCGAUAAAUGUCAUCAAGGGUUUAAUUUAACCUAACCUAACUUAAUCCUAAACCUUGGCACUAUGAAUAGCUUUUGGUUAGAUUAGGUUCUUGUCAAUAGCUAUCAUUAAGAGAAAAAUCAACCUAAACCUAACCUAACCUUACGAAAAGCUUCAACAGUUCCACAUCAUGUUAAAUUAAACCAAAUGAGGUUAAAUUACAUAAGGUUAGGUUAGGUUAAACUUAUCUCUACCAUUUCGAUGCUGUUUUACCAAAUCCUAUUCGUGGUUUAUCUAUUUUUAACAUUAUUAUUUUUUUACAAUAUUUUUUACACGAGUUGUAAAUAAAUGCAGCUUUGAAUACCACUUUUGUAAAUAGAUGUAUAUACAGUAUAUAUAGAUUAGAUUGUCUUGAGUACUAUUAUUUUUGUGUAUUUCUUAUGAUUCUUGUAUUAUGCUGAACUCACUAAUAAACUUUUGUAUGAG